CUCGUCCCUUCCUACGCUCUCAUUGGCUACCCGUUCCUAGGGGCGUGGCUUCAUUCCCUUCAUUUGCCCCUUCCAACGCACUCAUUGGCUUCCCGUUCCUAAGGGGCGUAGCCUGUUUCCCUUCGUCUUUCCUUUCCUCCACUGUCAUUGGCUGCCUAUUCCUGAGGGGCGUGGUCUAUUUCCCUUCAACUGCUGGCCCUUCUUACGGUCUCAUUGAUUGCCCAUUCCUAGUGGCGUGUUCUAUUUACCUUCACCUGGCUUUUCCUCCGCUAUCAUUGGCUACUUAUUCCUGAGGGGCGUGGUCUGUUUGCCUUCACCUGGACAAUCCUACGCUCUCAUUGGUUUCCUAUUCCUGAGAGGCGUGGUCUAUUUACAUUCACCUGGCCUUUCCUGAGGGGCGUGGUCUAUUUCCCUUUACCUGGCCAUUCCUACGCUCUCAUUGGCUGUCUAUUCCUGGGGGCGUGUCCUCUUCUCGUCAUCUGGCCUUUGCUCCGCUGUCAUUGACUGCCUAUCCCUGAGGGGCGUGGCCUCUCAUUCCGCGUUAAGGUUGCAAGCGGUGCGCAUGCGCAGCUCUAAGACCCGGAUGAGGAUGACAGUGUUAGGGUCAUGUGAAAAAGCCCUAUCCGAAGCAGUGGCUGCUGUUUGUUGACAGAAAGGGCAAAGAAAGCCUCCAGUUUGGAAGGAAAGCCCUUCGUCCAGUUUUCAGAGGCACUUAGGGAGCCCUGAGGUGCCAUGACCAGCAACCUGGACAUCUUUGUGGGGAACACCACUCUCAUCGACGAGGAGGUCUACCAACUCUGGCUGGACGGCUACUCAGUGAACGAUGCUGUGUCGCUCCGCUUGCGCAGCGGGAUCCUGGAGCAGACAGGGGCCACAGUGGACGUGCUCCAGAGUGACACCAUGGACCACUACCGCACCUUCUACAUGCUGGAGCGCCUCUUGCACUCGCCUCCCAAACUGCUGAACCAGUUGCUCUUCCAGAUCCCUCCCUAUCGCCAAACCAUGCUGAUUGAGAGGUACUACGCCUUCGACGAGGCCUUUGUGCGAGAGGUGCUGGGGAAGAAACUCUCCAAAGGCACCAAGAAAGAUCUGGAUGAUAUCAGUGUCAAGACUGGGGUGACGCUCAAGAGUUGCCGUCGGCAGUUUGACAACUUCAAGCGGGUCUUCAAGGCUGUGGAAGAGCUCCGAGGGUCGCUGGUGGAAAACAUCCAGCAGCACUUCUUGCUCUCAGACCGACUAGCCAGGGAUUACGCAGCCAUCGUAUUCUUCGCCAACAGCCGCUUUGAGACGGGGAAGAAGAAGCUGCAGUACCUGACCUUUGAAGAUUUUGCUUACUGCGCUGAGCAGAUGAUCCAGAACUGGACUUUGGGAGCAGUGGAUACCAACGUGGAUGAUAUGGACGUCGACCUCGAUAAAGAGUUUUUGCAAGGCCUGAAAGAGUUAAAAAUUUUGCUUACAGACAAGGACUUGCUAGAUCUGCACAAAAGCCUGGUGUGUACAUCGCUGCGGGGAAAGAUCUCUGUCUACAACGAGAUGGAAGCCAACUUUAAGAACCUUUCUCGGUCUCUGAUCAACAUUGCUUCGAAGCUCACCCACAGCAAAGAUGUCCGGGAUUUCUUCGUGGACCUGGUGGAGAAGUUUGUGGAGCCCUUUCGGUCGGACAAGUGGAGCCCGAACGACGUGCGCCUCUUUCUGACGCAGUACACAGCUUGCGCUCACACACUGGACGCAUUCAGGCAUCAAGCCCUCUGGGAGAGGUACAUGGGGACACUCAAAGCCUGCCUUCUGAAGAUGUACCACGACUGAGCCCUGUCUUUUCCAUCUGCUUUAUUUAUUCAUCAGGAUACGAUUUCUCUUCGAAGUGGAAUCACUUUGCGGCGCAACAACAUCCCAACCUUCACCAGCAACAGGAGGACUAUACAGUUCAUUCUCACUGACUGCUAUCCGUGCAGCAGAAGUUACUUUUGGGGGGACAACAAUUCCCAGGAUCCUGCUGCUGGCGUGGCGCAUUGUUGUGGAAUUGCAAGGAUUGUACUACCGAAAAGACCUUUCGAAGCAUUUGCUGCCCUUUCGGUCCAGGCCUUGCUUUCCCAUUUUUGUCCUUUUAUCUAGAGACAAGGCCUAGCCAUAAUAAAAGUGUACUUGUCGGAA